AUGGCCCUCCCGGCCCCGGGCCCGGCCCCCUGCAGCCUCCUGGGCCUUUUCCUCUUCCAACUGCUCCUGUCGACCACUACGACAACAACAACAAUGACGACGGCGGGGAGUGGCGGCCAGGGGCCCAUUCCCAGGGUCAAGUACCAGGCAGGGGACAGACGCAGGGCGCUUGGCUUCUUCCACCAGAAGGGCCUCCAGGAUUUUGACACUCUGCUUUUGAGUGGAGAUGGAGACACUCUGUACGUCGGGGCCCGAGAGGCCAUUCUGGCCUUGAAUAUCCAGGAUCCAGAAGUCCCAAGGUUGAAGAACAUGAUACCCUGGCCAGCCAGCGACAGGAAGAAGAGUGAGUGUGCCCGUAAGACGCCCAGCAGGGAGACACAGUGUUUCAACUUCAUCCGCGUCCUGGUCUCUUUGAAUGCCACCCACCUCUACGCCUGCGGCACCUUCGCCUUCAGCCCCGCCUGCACCUUCCUUGAACUCCGAGACUCCUUCCUGCUGCCCGUCUCUGAGGACAAGGUCGUGGAGGGGAAAGGCCAGAGCCCCUUCAGCCCCGCCCACAAGCACACCGCUGUUUUGGUGGAUGGCACGCUCUAUUCGGGCACCAUGAACAACUUCCUGGGCAAUCAGCCUGUCCUGAUGCGCACCCUGGGAUCCCAGCCGGUCCUCAAGACAGACACCUUCCUCUGCUGGCUGCACUCGGACGCCUCCUUCGUGGCUGCCAUCCCGUCCACCCAGGUCGUCUACUUCUUCUUCGAGGAGACAGCCAGCGAGUUUGACUUCUUCGAGAAGCUGCACACCUCCCGGGUGGCUCAAGUCUGCAAGAAUGACGUCGGCGGCGAAAAACUGCUUCAGAAGAAGUGGACCACCUUCCUGAAGGCCCAGCUGCUGUGCGCCCAGCCCGGGCAGCUGCCCUUCAACAUCAUCCGCCAUGCGGUCCUGCUGCCGGCCGACCCUCCCGCCGCAGCCCGCGUCCUCGCAGUCUUCACCUCCCAGUGGCAGGUCGGUGGGACCAAGAGUUCUGCAGUUUGUGCCUUCUCGCUCAGGGACAUUGAGUGGGUCUUCGAGGGAACGUACAAGGAGUUGAACAAAGAAACUUCACGCUGGACUACGUACAGGGGCCCUCCCAUCACCCCCCGGCCGGGCAGCUGCUCCGUGGGCCCCUCCUCCGAUAAAGCCUUGACCUUCAUCAAGGACCACUAUCUGAUGGAUGGGCAGGUGGUGGGCGUGCCCCUGCUGGUGAAGUCCGGUGUGGAGUACACACAGCUGGCGGUGGAGACGGCCCAGGACCUGGAGGGGCGCAGCCAUCUGGUCCUGUACCUGGGCACCGCCACGGGCGCCCUGCACAAGGCUGUGGUGAGUGAGGACAGCAGCGCCCACCUGGUGGAGGAGAUCCAGUUGUUCCCUCGCCAGGAACCUGUUCGCAACCUGCAGCUGGUCCCCGCCCAGGACGCAGUGUUCGUGGGUUCCUCAGCAGGCGUCUGGAGGGUCCCCCGUGCCAACUGCAGUGUCUACGAGAGCUGUGUGGACUGUAUCCUGGCCCGGGACCCGCAUUGCGCCUGGCACCUCGAGUCCCAAAUGUGCCGCUUCCUGUCCGCCCCGAGCCUGAACACCUGGAAGCAGGACAUGAAGCGAGGGAACCCAGGGUGGGCCUGUGCCAAUGGCCCCAUGGGCAGGAGCCACCGGCCCCAGAGCCGCCCACAGAUCAUUAAGGAAGUCCUGGCUGUCCCCAACUCCAUCCUGGAGCUCCCCUGCCCCCGCCUGUCAGCCCUGGCCUCUUACCACUGGACUCACGGCGCAGCCACCAUCCAGGAGACGCCCUCCACAGUCUACAAUGGCUCCCUCCUGCUGAUGCCCCGGGAUGGAGUCGGGGGCCUCUACCAGUGCAUGGCCACUGAGAACGGCUUCUCGUACCCUGUGGUCUCCUACUGGGUGGACAGCCAAGACCAGCCCCUGGCGCUGGACCCUGAACUCACCGGCAUUCCCCGGGAGCGCGUGCAGGUGCCGUUGACCAGGGUCAGCGGCGGGGCCGCGCUGGCUGACCAGCGGUCCUACUGGCCCCACUUUCUUGCCGUCACCAUCCUGCUCGCCUUGGUGCUGUCUGGAGCCCUCAUCGUCCUCCUUGCCUCCCCGCUGGGGGCACUUCGGGCUCGGGGCAAAGUCCAAGGCUGUGAGAUGCUGCCCCCCAGGGAGAAGGCCCCACUGAGCAGGGAGCAGCACCUGCAGCCCCCCAAGGAACAAAGGACCUCUGCCAGUGACGUGGACGCUGACAACAAUCACCUGGGCCCCGAGGUGGCUUAACCUCUGGGCACAGGGACUGUGAGGCAGGGCAGGUGCCUGGCCAUGCUGCUGGGGGGGGGGGGGGUCUCGGAGCAGGGCAUCCCCCAGUAGGAUAAGAGUAGUGCAAAAGAGCACCUUCUCCUGCCACCUGUGCCACCAGUAACACCCGUGGGGGCUGUGCACCCAGCCUGCCUUCCUGAUGGGACUCCCUUCCACCCAGCACGUGGGGGCUCCCCAGACCUGCACCUGCACGAUGCCCGGAGCACCUGGGGAAGAUCUUUCAGUCCUGGCCAUUCUGGGGGGCGCCGUCUAGAAACACACUGCUCCAGGAGACCCUAAGAGACCCAGUGGUCACAGGACCCAGAGGUGAUGAACUCCAAACAUCUCCAUACCUCUCCGUGAACCUCCGCUCUGCACCCAGCUGCCACCUUGGACACCAACUUUCUCCUUGCGCAGGGGUCCCUAGGGCUCUGCAGGGAGCUGCCCUGCCUGCUCCCUUCGCCAACCAUGCACCACCGAGGCCCUGGAAGUCUGUCUUGAAGUCUGACCACCUUCCUUCUUGCUCCCGUUGGGGCAGAUUGUGACUUCCUCCCAGGCUAGAAUGGCAGGAGCAAUCUGAGCCUUGUUCUUGCCUUUACUCGGUCACCCUUGACCUCU